CUUCCUCUUCUCUCCAUUCCUCUCCAAAGUUUUCUCUCUUUUUUCUUUAACCAGUUCCUCUCCUAAGGUUUUAAAAAACAAAACUUUGCUCAAAAGAACAUGGGUGGUUUUGGGGGGCAUGUGGCCUCAGGCAUUGCUUUCCUUGUACUUGGUUUAUGGCAUCUCUUUAAUCACAUCAAGCUCCAUUUAGUCCACCCAAAUUCCUACACAUCUUCUCCAUGGUUUCCCAUCUCCAAAAUCAGGUACAUUGAGCUCUUCCUCAUCAUCAUAUUCUCCUCAAUUUUCAUCUCCACGGAGCUCUUUAUUGGCCAUGAAAGGUACCAACCUUUUGACCCUGAUGGAAGCAUCUCAUCAAGCCGCCUCCACAACUUUGAGCACACUGUCAUAACAAUCACCUUCGUUGUCUAUGCAGCCUUUGCAAUCCUCCUAGACAAAACAGCCGCAAAAGCCCAAUAUGGCUUGACACAAUUCCUAGGAGCUCUAGCAUUUGCACAACAGCUUCUCCUCUUCCAUCUCCACUCGUCUGAUCACAUGGGUGUUGAGGGUCAAUACCACCUUCUCCUCCAAACUAUAAUUGUUGUAUCUUUGGCCACAACUCUAAUGGGAAUUGGUAUGCCUAAGAGCUUCAUGCUCAGCUUUGUGAGGUCCCUAAGCAUUUUCUCACAAGGGGCCUGGUUCAUACUCUUGGGCUACAUGCUCUGGACCCCAGAGUUGAUUCCUAAAGGUUGCUUCCUCCGUCAGGAAGACGGUCGCAGAGUCGUUAGGUGCUCGAACCACAAAGCACUACUCCGAGCCAAAUCAUUGGCUAACCUUCAAUUCAGCUGGUUCCUAGUGUCUAUAGCCAUUUUUGCGGUCAUUUUCUAUCUCGUUUUGUCUAAAAUCUACGGCAACAAGGUUGAGUACUUUACAUUGCAUGAAGAAGAGCUGGAGGAUGAGAGUCAUGAUGUUGAAUUAUCACUGAAGAAAAGCAAGCUAGGGGACUCAAAGAUAUUUGUUCAUAUGGGAAGUUGCAAUUAGGUACCUGUACAAAUUCAGUAGUCCAGUCCCACUGUUGUGCAAAUUAAGCUAUAUCAAUAACGUUGGCUUAAAAAAUGUGUGUUGGACUUGUUGCUUCAGAGAAAUUGGAGUGGAAUAUUAGGUUGGCCUUUGGGAUUAUUGUACAAAAGGCAAAAACAAUCUUCAUUUUGGUUUGCUUCUCUUAAUAUACUGUCCUUGUUGCA